AUGAAUGCGGAUAUAGAAGCCUACAUCAAACAGAACUAUCCAUGGAGUAAAUUGCCUAAUAGUACAAAACAGUCGCUAGGCAACUCACAGAGAGAAUACGAGAGGGCGGUGGUUAAUUUUAGUGUGAAAAAUCAGCUGCGUUACAAAGGCAAUCUAGUUCGCCAUGUACGCAAGGACGAGAAAAAAUACUAUGAGGGUCUGCUACAAUACAGUCGGGAACACCUGAUGCUUUAUCCUUUUCACUUAAGUGAUGUCAUAGUGAAAGGCCUCAGAACAACACCCUUCGCCUAUUACAUUGGCAUCAUGACGGAUAUUAUGACACAAGAAAAAAGUUAUGAUUCCCUGCCUAAUUUUACUGCUGCCGACUGUCUGAGGUUAAUGGGAAUUGGACGAAACCAAUACAUAGAUUUAAUGAACCAGUGUCGCUCAUCCAAGAAAUUCUUUCGCCGAAAGCCUGUAAAGGACUUGCUCCCUGCGCAACCAAUAGAAAACAUCUUCAUAGACUCCUGGUGGAUUGUACAUGCCGGUUAUAUUACAGAGGAAGAUAUAAGGCUGUGUAUGUUGAUUGAGAAGACGGUGAUAGACAGUGUCAUAGACAAGGGACCAAGGCCAGCCGGAACCAUGGACUAUAAAGUUGUUAACAGUUUGUACAGAAAAGGUUUAAUUUACUUAGAGGUUCCGAUAUCAGAUGAUGACUGUAUAAUAGUUCCACCAUUAGAAGGUUUUGUGAUGAACAGGGUGCUUGGUGACUAUUUUGAGACACUACUCUACAAGAUAUUUGUUUCUAUAGAUGAGCACACAACCGUAGCAGAGCUUGCCAGUGUACUACAGAUAGAUUUACAACUAGUCAAGAAUGCAGUGUCCAUGUAUUGCCGCCUUGGAUUUGCAAAGAAAAAGAACUUGGAUACAAAUGUGGAAGACCUUCACCAGUCAUGGAAGGAGAUCCCGAAUCAAAACUCAAAAAAGCCUAGUCAGGAUCAGAUGUUGAUAGACUGGAGUACAACAUUAGAACUGACCCCUGGUACUGAGUCCUCCAGUGAACAAGAGACUACAACUCCAGACACACAGAGCCUUGAUGGAGCUUUAGAGUCCAGUACUAUAGGGCAUUCUAAAAGGAUAGCAUUCCUGUUUGACUCCACAUUGACAGCUUUCCUCAUGAUGGGCAACCUCUCACCAGGUCUCAAGAGCCAUGCAGUUACGAUGUUUGAGGUUGGCAAAUUAAGUGAUGAAUCACUGGAGAGCUUCAUAUCAGAAUUAGACAAGGUGGACUCAGUGGCUGAGGGGGAAGCCCAACGUUACUUUGACCACGCAAUCACUCUACGUGACACCAUCAAAUUCCUGCGCUUCAAUAAAGAUCUAAGCGUUGAUGGAGAGGGUACGGGACUGGGGAUUGAUCUACUGCGCUGUGAGAGCCUCCUAGGGCUCGAUCCAGCCACAUGUUCUAGGGUACUCAACAAAAACUACAGUCUUCUUUUCUCAAUGGCUCCUUUAAGUAAUGAAGUCAGGCCAAUCAGUAGCUGUACUCCACAGCACAUUGGGCCAGCAAUCCCAGAGGUUAACAGUAUGUGGUUUAAGAUGUAUGCAUACCACACUACAGGCAGUGGGCCAGCCUCACUGAUGCUUUCCAAGGGUACAAAAUUGAGGCGUCUACCACGUAUGUUUCACGAUUAUGACAGAUUAUUGGUGACUACCUGGGGGCAUGACCCAGGGGUAAUUCCUACUUCAAACAUUCUUUUAACACUCAACGAUGCCUUGUCUCAUUCUGCAGUCUUAGUCCAGGCCCAUGGCUGGCAAAGUGAUGGUGAAACUAUAUUUGUGCCAUUUCCAAUCAACAAACAAGAUAAAUCCGGUGCCUAUCUGACUUGGAAUCCCCCUGAACACAGUGCAAUACAAGACCUCUCUAACUCUCUAGACCUAGCCCACUCUUGUGGCUUCAUUACCCUACUACGGACAGGCAAGUCAGGGGAGAACAUCAAUCCACGCACAUCAAACAGAUCCAGAAGCUCAGAUAGCCAGCCCAAGAAUGGCUUAAAGGAUCAUGACUCAGCUAAAGUACUAGCGCUUGAAAUAGACUCUGUUAAUGACUCUACAAAUGAGAGAGGGGGUGGAGCGGGUGAUGCACCACCCUCAAAACAGGAAACACCUAUGAACAAAGCAGACUUUAGUUUAGAUAUAGGAGAGGAGACAGGCUUAGCAAAGGACUCAGAUCAGGCAGAUUGGACAUUACUAGACUGUAGCUUUGGUCUGCCUCUGUUUGAUAGUUGUGUAAAUAAACAAGUGUGUGAGAGGAUAGCUGCACAUGGUCUUUGUAGGGAAAACAGUUUGGAAAAAUUGCUUCAAUCCAGCCGGACUCUCUCUCUAAAUCUGCUCUCCUUCAUAUCAGAACAUCAGAAAGGGGAUGUUUUAGAGGAUAAUGGUCACAUGCCAGGAGAAUCCAGAGAAGUCCCUCUACCAGCUAAUAACCUUGCCUUCUACAAGGGAGAACUCUCAGUUUGGGAUGGUCAUUAAUAUCUAUAUGAGCUCUAGUCUAUCUACAUAUCCUGGCCUUCCUGUGGCCACCUCUUUAUAGAUGUACUAAACAGGGGGUCGCUCUCUGAGCUAAUGACUCUGCCUUUAGAAGAGAGGACUCUCAGCUUGGGAUGGGCACUAAUGUCUUUCAAUCAACAUAUCUUGAUCCAACCUUGUGGGCCUACUAAUGAAGCAACUUUUUAUAGACACAUACGGAAGGUUUCUCUUUCUGUUAGCUUCAAAACCAAUAUGAAAUUUUCAGAAUUCUACACAAAUUGCCAAUGUAGAGUUUAGAUUUGUAUGAAAUUGUGUUGAUAUUAAUCAAAGAUGACGCAGUUAGGGGUCAUCUCAAACAUUUCACACUAGUACACUUAAUUCAAUUUGUUUAAAAAUGUACAAGCAACCUAUCCCCAACCUUAAAAUGGCAUGCUAGAAAAUUGAUCCUUAUGUUUUUGGUGUUAAUGAAAUGGUUUUAUCAUGCAUCUAUUAAACAAAAGUGAUUGUGUGUAGAAAGUGUCAAAUGUACAGGAAUGUCCCUAAGUUAUGAUAAAAUGCAUAUCAGAAAGAAUUGCUUCAAGUCUAUAUAUAAGCCUAACAUAUCCUUUAAAUCCAUACCUGAGUACCUCAAUAAUACAAAGGUUCAUAUUCUAUCUACUUGUACAUGUAAUUACAUGAAUGUAGUCUCUCUUUUGCCAUAUUUCAUUUUGAUGCAUCAUAAUUCAUUAGGAAUGGGAACUUUAAUUUGUUACCUUGCACUGUUGACAUAAACUUUAAUAACUAAAUAUCCAUGUAAACAUACCACAAAAUACAUGUAAAAAUACAUGUCUGUCCAAUCACUAUGUAACUAUACAUGUAGAUAUUAAACAUUUUACCAAAUAUAUAUUAGUUCAAUUCCAUGCAAACAUCUCCUUUCAGUUGAACUUCUACAUUACAGAAACUGUUACUAUCCACAUAUACAGUUCUAUUCUAAAAGUUUAACAACACAGACUCAUCAUUGGAUAGCAUGUUAAACUCAUAAUCUAAUCAUGGUGU